UGCCCCCAUCUCUCCGCCGACGACACCUACCAGGCCCUGUUUGCGAGUGAAGAAGCGGCCGCAGACGAAGGCGAGAAGCUCUAUAUACCGUCUCGCCAGCCGUCUCAUCUGGAGAUCCUCCGCCUGCUGCGCGAGAAUGAGGAAGACAGCAUUACCAUUGUGGCCGUGGGGCCGCUGACGAACCUUGCCCUAGCCGCGGCCGAGGACCUGCCUACCUUCCUGCGAGCCAAGGAGGUAGUCAUCAUGGGCGGAGCCAUCGACGAGCCAGGAAAUGUAUGUUUCCUCCCAUUUACUAGUUAUAUAUUUUUUUUACUAGAGUAUGGAGUACUGACAGCGAGUAUAAUAAAGGUCACCCCCUUUGCGGAGUUCAACGUCUUCGCAGACCCCCUGGCAGCCGCGCAGCUGAUGGCGCUGACAUCGCUUAACCCACGGCGCACCUGGCCCGCAGCCUCGCCAAUGGCCGCUCCACGACGUCCAGACAAGAGACUUACUCUGAAGAUGGCACCGCUGGACCUGACGCACACGCAGAACUUCACUCCGACGGCCUUCCGCGCCGCCAUCACGCCGCACCUGCAGCGCAGCUCUCCGCUGGCCGAGCUGGUCUCCACCGUGGUCGAGCACACCUUCAGCACGAUCCGGGAGCUCAAGCUGGCCCGGCACGAGGCGGCGACGGCGGAAGAGGAGAUGAGCCUGCACGACCCCGUGUGCGUGUGGUACGUGCUGACGGGCGGGAGCGAGACAUGGCGGUGGCAGGAGCGAGACGUGCGGGUAGAGACGACGGGCCAGUGGACGCGAGGCGCGACGGUGGUGGACAGGCGGCUUGUCGGGCGGGUUGACGCCGACGUGGUGGACCAGGUGGUGGUGGAGGGCGAGGAGGAGAUCGCAGUCGUGGCGGAGGAGCAGGAGGACGACCGCGGCGGGUGGAGGGCGGGCGGCAACCGCGUGGGCGUGCUGGAGCGCGGGCCCGACAGCUUACUAAGCGAGGAGCUCCUCCGGCGGGUCUUUAGCCAGUAG